UCCCGAAAUGCCACGGUAAUUUUCCAAAACGAGAAACAAACUUAAACCGCGCUAAAGCUAGAAAAGAAACUAACAAAGCGAAGAAUCCCAGCGGAUUCAACUCUCUGAGAUUCUCUCUCUCUCUCUCUCUCUCUCUAAAGAUGCAGAAGAGAUCUUCGAGAAUCAUCUCCGAGACCACUUUCUCCAUCUCAACGUCCGCGGCGGCGGCAACUUUUCAGCCGCCGUCUCUGACCUUCGACGAUGACGUUGACCACCACCACCUGGACCUUCCGACAUACAAUCCCCUCUCCGCCGUUGCCAAGAGACAGCAGUCUCGCCUUAGAUCCGCCCAGAACGCUAUCCACCUCAUCCCUCUCCUCCUCCUCCUCUGCGCCAUCGUCCUCUGGUUCUUCUCCAAUCCUGGUGUUGCAAUAGCAGUCCCAAAGUUGGCCACUUCGGGAUUGCUUUUACGGCUCCUAAAAGUGAUCAUUAAAACCUGCUUUUCGAUGAUAUCUGCUGUAACUAGAAAGCAACUUUCCGAAGCAUUCAGUUUGAAUCGAAGUCAUGAAUUCUCGAUGUACGGAGACAUUAAGCUUGCCUCGUUGUAUGGAGACUUGAAGUUAAAGGACUUGGAUAGACUUUAAGAUUGUUGCAGAAUGCUUUUUAUGUAGAGAGGUCUUCCAUACACUAGUAUACAUGGAUGAGAUUAUAGGCUGAUUCGAAGUUUUUAUAUGAGCCAUGUUGCAUAAUCUUCCUUGUCCUUCCUUUUUGUCUUGAUCUUUUAGGAGAGAUUGUAUAUGUAUUAGUAUAUUCUUUGAAAUAUUGUUCAAAAUGUUCGUCACAUUUAAAUAAGAAGUUAACACAUAUAUUUCUCUUGGUAUAAAA